AUGGUGGAGAAGAACAUUACCCCUAUGCCAUUUAUUGGGCUUUACGUAGCAGCCGCUUCUCUGCUCUGUUACUCUGCAAUGAUCUUUAACUCAUUUUUUACGUUUUCAAGUUACCCCUUCUCAUCACCAGUCAAGUUUUUCGGUCUGAAUGCAACUUGGCUGACACUUUUAACUGUGGCUACCAAGCUCACUGGCGACCUCACAUCUCCCAUGUGGUCUCCCCUAGAUAACCUGACAAAAAUCAGUAGCACGGUUUUCUUAACUGUGGCCAUGGGUCAAUUUCUCACCUCACUGGGCUCUAUGAAUGGCACGGAUAUGCAAACCAAUCUCACGGCUUUGAGCAUAUUGGUAUUCACCGUCCUUGUGGAUUUAUGUAUCCAACUUGGAACCGGUGUACUUGAUUUCUCAUUAUUCCCAGAAAUCAUCUUCUCUCUUGUUUUGUUGUUCGGCAUGUUCAUAGCAAUUGUGUGUUCAGCUCUAGCACUUCCAGCAAUUAAGAAACGCGUGGAAUCAAAGUAUCAGACACUAGUGAAACAGAUGGAAGCAGCAGCGGGGGGACAACAGUCACUUGUUAGAGUUGAAGAGCUGAGAUUGAGCAUUACAAAGUGUUGGGUGAUGGCAGUAUCUGGUAACCCUCAAUUUCUGAUCACAAGGUUGGCCUCUUUCGUUUUUAUGAAUAUCAUCUCCCUGUGUUCUUCACUUGUUCUCUUUCAAGGAUUAACUAGAAGGAAUACUACUAGUACCCAUUUCUACUGGAAAACUAUUUGUCAUAAUAAGCAAUCUGAUUAUAAGUGGUCCGUCCUAUUUAUUAUAUCUUUUCAAUUUUGUGUCACUAUGGGGCCUGUCAUCGUAGAUACAAUCUUAUUGACUACUCUCAUGAGUUAUAAGUUUGAGGACAAUGGGAUCAAAAUCUCCAGAAAAGAAUUCACAGUUGAGCCCUAUUGGACUGAAAAUCUAGUAGAAUGGAGACAAAGUUCAAUACGUAUGAGAAUUCUAAGAGACAACCUGGUCACAAAGCUUCUCCAAGAUACAAAAAGUUUGAUCUUCACUUUCUGCAUGUUACUUCAGACUCUAGUUGUCAUAUUUAUUAAGUUUUGUGGUAUUGUUUAUUUCUACGUUGGGCUUCCAUUAAUAUUUUUAGUUAAUUUUUUAUUGAAACAAUUGUCACCUGCGCAUGAAGUUUCAAAUGACCAAAUGAGAGAAGAGAUAGAUCUCAGCCACUUUGUGAUACUUCUUGAAGGAGAAAAACAAUUGCCAAAAUCAUUAUUGAGGAAAAUUGUUGGUAGGUUGUGUAAUCAUAUUGAGGGGGGAAAGAAUCAACAACCACUUAAUCUACUCAAUCUUCUCAAACAAAGUUUCUUUUAUAAAUGUGCAAUACAAUUUGAUAGCAGCCAAGUUUCAAGUCUAUUAUCAGAAGAACCUCCUAACUGUUGGACACUUCCAGUGAUGACACUCACAACCAUAGCCGUUGCACUUCCAAACAUUGCAAAUCAACAUGUUGAUGAGCUGAUAAGAAGUGUUGAUGAAGGCCUCCAAUAUGCAAGCUAUAUAGAUGUGCUGGACGAGAAGCAUGUGCAGAAAUGCAUUAAAAGUGCUGCAAGUGUUGCGUGGAUGGGAGUUAAGCUUCAUAAGAAGUGGUUGGACGUGGAUCUUGGGGAUACAAUUAGGGAAGUUCAUUCUACUAGGGAGGUUAUUCAACGUCUUGCUGAUGAAGCUGAAAGGAUUGUCAAAGAGUUUAGUUCAACAGGAAGCCAAAACUUUGUGAACAAUCCUCUCUACUGGCCAGCAAAUGUUUUAGCUGCUAAUUCAAUGUACAGAAUCAGUCGAACAAUUCUGUUAUACUAUGGGAAUGGUGAGUACCAAGCUGAAGAGUUGUUUAGGAAAUUAAUUUGCAUGAUUGCAAACAUAUUGGUAGCUUGUCUUAUAAAUUUGCCGCACCUGAUAGCUACGAAGUGGAUAAACAAUGCGCUUGAGGAAAGGUUCAAAAGUAUUUGUAAUGCAGCUAUCCUUUUCGGAGAAACUGAAGAUAUUCUGAAGUUAUUUGAAGAGCGGCAACUUUUAGGCAUUGGUCCAAGUCAGCCAUUAUGCAUUGAUGAAUGGCUUAGAUGGAUGGAGAGUGAGACUCAAGAUCCAACAACUUCAACUUCUACGACAAACAGUGGAACCUCCUCUGUUGUUGAGUCCAAUGAUGAGCUUGUGAUUGUUCCAAUGUAA